UCAGUAGAUAAAAAAAACUCGCCAAUUGCUGUUGUUUUUGAAAAAACGAAUGGAAUCACGAAAAAUACAAUUAUUUAACUAUAUUUUCAGUACUUCGGGCAUUUAAUAUCAUAUUAAUCGAUUCACGAUGGUAAAAGACAACUAUAAACCUCCCACAGUGCACGUACCGGACGAAGCAGCCGAAGUUGCCGGUUUAGCUGUGGCUUGGGGAAGCUGUAACACAUUCGCAGUUUUCGCCUCAUCUCACGAUAAAACACAUCCCAUAGAUAUACGUAAAAAAUGUCCAAAUUUUACGAGUCAAGUGACCAUCAUGAGACAGGAUACCCUGUUAUUCGAUCCUCUGCUCAGGAAGUUGAUCAACGAAUCAUGCAGCAUAUUCGUUACAUCACCUCAGCUAUCUAAACAAACUAUGAUCGAUAGUUCUCAAUUCAGUAAUUUAUUAAAACUCAGUAGGAAGUACAGAUCCGUGUUACGCGAAUGUAUAGAAAAUAUUCAAGAAGACACAUCUCGUAAUAUAUCGGAUGAAGAAAAUCAACGUUUUAGUAACUGUAUCGCGUUAUUGUAUAAUUUAGAAUUCAUUUGGCAUCUAACCGAAGUCUUAUACAUUGAUGCAAUACCAGAUGACGUUGCUCUGCCUCAUAUUUCCAAUUGGAUUCGUUUCCAUUUCCCGGAAUCCGAACGAAACGCCAGGAAUAUCCUGCAAACAAUCAAAAGCGGUGGUUCAACGAUCGAUCAAACGGUGGAAUUCCUAAACGAAGGAGUUGAGAACAUAUUCGCCGAUUAUUGGGAUACCGUAAUAGGAUUAGUUAUUCAAGGCAACGUUGAUUUAUCGAGGAUUCUACUACAAUUACAUUCUCAAGCCGAUACCGAAGCUUUUACAACGCUCGACAAAAUACUAAGAACGAUGCCAGUUUAUAAAGUUUACGGUGAAUUAUCUCUGUCAGAAUUCAUCAUGCAGUGGAAGCUAUGGCAAGGGAAUGCUGGCAAAAAGUUAUCUUCCGGUCUUUACGAGAAAUAUCCUCAGUUGACGUUCAUUCUACAAUUGAUUUCUGGAAACAUAUCUCAGUGUUUGGAAAAACUAAAACUGCAUUGCGGUAAAUGGUAUCAAGCUAUGGCUGCUGUUUUGUUAUACAAAGAACCCGCAGUAAAAUUUCACGAACUUAGCUACCACGCUCAUCAAUUCAUUAAACAUUACGGUGGCAAUUCUAGUCUAAAUCUAUGCGACGCUACUGUCCUCGCUUUAUUUGAAAACGAUUUAAAUUCGGCUGUGAAAAAAUUCCAAAUGGCAUCCGAUGGAGGUUGGUUAGCAACCCAUUUAACUCAUUUAUUGACACUUUGCGGUAAAAUAGAAUCAGACGAUAGUCAAUCAUCCGAAGACCUGGAGAGAGGAGACCAUCUCCAAUUACACGUUAAAUUCAUCCUCGAAUACGGUACUCUACUCAUGUGUCAUAAAUCUCUCUGGCAAGUCGGUUUAUGUUACUUGGAUCAGUGUUCUCACGAAGGUAGAGCUCGUCAGCACGUCUUGUUAUCUCGAAUAUCUCCCAGAACCGAUGCGAAAACAAUGAAAAUAAUACAAGCCGCAUCUAGCAGAGGCCUCAACGACGUAGCUACUGGCUUAUGUCGUGUCCAAGGUAUGAAAUGUAUGCGCCGUAACCAGCUCGGAAAAGCUCUAGAAUGGGCAUUUCGCUCUCAAGAUUCGGCCUUCGCUUCUCAUCUCGCUGAUCAGUUCUUACAAAGCUACGUUAAAAAAGGAUCUUUCGAUUCGAACGAUUUUCUAGAUAAUUUAGGAAGCUGUAUGUUGAUCUGCGAUCGACUCACGUUUUUAGGUAAAUACUGCGAAUUUCGUCGACUUUAUUCGGCAGAUAAACUAAAAGAAGCGGCCACCUGUUUGAAUGAUUUAAUUACGUCGAAAAUAGCUCCGAAAUAUUUCUGGUUGACUCUUCUAACUGAUGCGUUACCUUUGCUACAAAACGAAUCAGAAGAGCCUUUAUUCGAUACUCAACAGACUGCCAAUCUUACAUUCUGCCUAAAUGAGCUAUCCAGUUUGAGUGAAUGGGAUUUAUCUAACGUGACGCCUCCUAGAGCAGCCAUUGAACGUCAAAUAUCCAUUAUUCGAUUAGCAUUGGCGAAGAACAUGGCCAAAGCACUUUGUACCCAGAUGAUCGCUAAUCCUGGGUUUUAAAAGAUUAAUAUCCACGUGUAAUUCUUACAGUUGUGUUAUUUUUUGUACAGUUUGGUUUUUUUUUUACGUAUUUCAAAAUACAGAGAAUUCCUUUUUAGUA